AUGCAAAAGGAUACGGAAAGUAAUCCGUGGCCUGACUCGUUGAAGGAGUUUAUAGGUAAAUGUAUUCAAGAUGCUGAAGAAAACAACCACGUUGGUUUGCAAGACGAAGUAAAAAUUUUGAUUUCUCGCCAAUAUGAAAACGGAAAUAUAUGGAAUAUAGAUUGGUCGACUAUGAAUUUGGAUGCUCUACGAAAAUUAACUGCAAUUCAGGAUCAGAUGCAGGAAGACAAGAAACGUAAGCUAGAUCAACCAAGCAAUAAUUCAGUCUCCGGCGAUCAAACAGAACGAGCAAAAAAAGAGAAGAGGAAGCGUAGGUUUCUUGCUGAUGAACGCUCAUCUACUGCUUCCACACCAGUGGAACCCGAAAAGUCCAUUAACGAUGGAGCAAUCGUUGGAAGAUCCACUGCUUUGGAAAAAAGAUACCUCCGUUUAACUUCCGAUCCUGACCCCAAUACCAUUCGACCGCUUCCAAUUCUGAAACAAACGCUAGAAUUGCUGAAAAGGAAAUGGAAAGAAGAAAAAAACUACGCGUAUAUCUGCGACCAAUUUAAAAGUCUUAGACAAGAUCUUACUGUUCAAAGAAUACAAAAUGAUUUUUCCGCGUUGGUUUAUGAGAUUCAUGCCCGAAUAGCUUUAGAAAAGGGCGAUGUAGGUGAAUACAAUCAAUGCCAGACUCAAUUGUUUCAUUUGUAUGGGUUUGGCGUCCCCGGAAAAGUCAAAGAAUUCUUAGCAUAUAGAAUCCUUUACAUACUUUACACAAAAAACCGGUCAGAAAUGAACAGUCUUUUGGCAAAUUUGGCAGAUGAAGAAAAAGAGGAUCCUGCUGUUCAGCAUGCUUUAGAGGUUAGGUCAGCAAUUGCUACUGCUGAUUAUUACAAGUUCUUUCAGUUAUAUUUAUCUGCUCCCAAUAUGGGAGGAUACUUGAUGGAUCUUUUUGUUGAAAGAGAACGCGUCAACGCCAUGUACAUGAUUUCAAAGGCUUACCGCCCAUCCGUUCCUGUUGAUUUUAUAGCCAAUACUUUGGCGUUUGAAGACAUGGAUGAAUGUAGAAACUUUCUUAUUGAUUGCCAAUCUUUGUUCGACCCGAAUGAUUCAGAACGUGUACUAAUGAAAGAAAGCAUCGACAAAUUCGAUGCCAUCAAGAAGAAACAUACGGUCGUUGAUAUUAAAGGGCAAAUCUAA